CACAAUGCUUUAAAACCCAAAACUUAACAAAUCCAUGCCCUAACUCUACCCUAAAAGUGAAAUCAUCCUACACUGGUGCAGAACACUGUCGCGGUGGCAAUGUCGUCGAACGGCGCAGAGCUUCCCCAAGAGGUGCUAAUUGACAUACUCUCUCGACUGCCGGCAAAGUCUAUCUGCCGAUUCAAAUGCGUAUCGAAGCCAUGGCUUACACUAAUCUCAGACCCUCAUUUUGCACAAACACACCUUAAUCGAAACAAACCCCAGAGAGUCAUUCUCUUCUCCGACUACCUUUACUCCAUCGACUGUGAUGAAGCCUCUGAUAGCGCCUCUGUAAUGGCAACGAAGCUUGAUUUCCCACCGAUUGAUUACCCGAACGAGUUGAUCGACAUUUUGGGUUCUUGCAACGGUUUGAUUUUAAUCGCCAACGAAGAAAACACCAAGUUUUUGUUGAAUCCAACGACUAGAGAGUCCAAGAAGUUACCCAAAUCCCCUUUUGCCCUUGAUUCAUUUUCCAGUCACACCAUGUAUGGGCUUGGGUACGAUUCGUCUACAGAUGAUUACAAGGUUCUAAGUGUUGCUUACAAUGCUAGAUAUGAGGAUGAUGAUGAUGAAAAAGAAGAAUGCACUGAUACAUUUGUAAGUGUGUUUUCACUCAAAACCGGUGCUUGGAGGAGGAUUCAAGAUGUUCCCUAUGAUCAUUCUUCUCUAGAGCCUUACUCGUUGGUUCUUGUAAAUGGGUCUAUACAUUGGUUAACUUGUAGGUCUUCCGAUUCUUCUUCUGUGAUUGCUGCUUUUGAUGUAGCAGAGGAGAAAUUCCGUGAUGUGCCCGCACCUAGCAAUUGACAACAACCAGUUGGUCUUGCAUGGAUUGGGAGUAUUGGGAGUUUUGGAGGGUUUCUCUGUGUGCUUGUAUGUCGUAAUAGUAUUGAAACUGAUGUUUGGGCGAUGAAGGAGUAUGGGGUUACUGAGUCUUGGACCAAAUUUACUACAAUCUGUAUAUCUAAUAUGCACGUGAUGGAACCCUUAUGUUUUUUGGUGGAUGAGGAAGUUCUAUUGGAAAUCGAUGGAAAGAAAUUGGUUGCAUUCAAUGCCAAAGAGAGAACAUCAAGAGAUAUAGUGGUGCGUGGCAUUCCUAGGACGUUCAGAGCAGGGAAGACCUAUGUGGAGAGCCUUGUCUCACCCUGUUGCAACUCUGGGAUCGAGAGAAAAUAUAAAGGGAGUCGAAACUUGAAGAAUUGUCAACUAAAUAGGAUUGGAGUGAUUUUACCUUCUAAAGGGGAUGUGUUCUUUCUUUGAAGACAUAAAUCUUCAUAGUUAAGAACUGGACAAUUCAUGGUCUUUACUGGGGAAACUAUAAAAUACAUCAACCACGUGUACUAGAAGAAUCUUUGAAUGAACUGCUACCUGGUUGACAAAGGGCUUAAUCACCAUCCACAUUUCUCAUACUUACAACCUGUCAGAGGUUAGCAGCUCCUACUUGUGCUUGUUUUCUUUUUUAUUGAAGAGAGCUCUUUGUUAAAUGAGAUUUUGUAGUAGCGAUAAUUCCUAUAACCUCUGUUAUUUGCAUUCUUUACUUUACCCUACAUUAUAAGUGUUGACAUGACAUGACAUGAGUUCUGACAUGGGAUCUGAAAUGCUGAUUGAUGAUCUUUGGGAUAUAGAUGAACCUGAAACCUAACACUAACUUGACUUGUCAUUUCUAGCGGAGUUCAUUUAAGAUAGACCAUAAUCCAUUAGAAUGAACUAUGAAUUCACAGGAUUCUAGAACUGUGUUUCUUUCUUGGUCUUCCAGUGUAAAGAUUCACCUUAGCUACCUUAUUCAGUAUCCUGGCAUAUGGUUGUCAGGGCAGGCAGGUUUAAAUAUAUAUGUGUGUUUCUUUUUAAGUACCAGAAUUUCAUUUAUUUUGGAUCUUUUCUGCUAUUGCUAGCUGUUUAAUUUGUUGUUGUGUUAUUGAUCUCAUUCUUCCAACUCGUUAUCCCAAAUGGCCACUUGUUUUACUGAUAAAAGCAGUGCAGUAUACACAAGGUUUAUCACAUACUAAGGCAAAUGAUUUAUUAUUUUCUCACAAGAAAGAAGACAAAAAAUCCUGUGGACACUAGUGAAUAGACCUUCCUCUUUUCCUUGUGAACUAUUAUUUUCUUCACAAAAAAGAAGACAAAAAAUCCUUUGCAAGUAAUUCCUAACCUUUUUAUUAAACCAAUAGGCUGCUUUAUAAUACCUAACUUUCUACCUCACAUACACAACAACAACCAACAACAACUUCACAACAAUCAACAACAAAUACCAAUCAACCACAACCUCCACAUACGAUGUUCCCAUACUCCCAUGUUAUAUCAAUGCAAUAAAGUAAUGGCCACGACAAGGACCCAUGCUUUCAACAUUAAAGUAAUGGCCACGACAAGGACCCAUGACUUCACAUAGUGAUAAUGAACUGCAUUAGCUAGUAGAAUUCAGAACAUACCUGCCAGAGAUGAAGAUUGAGAACCAGAACUACACUCCUAAUCUUACUUCAAAAGUAAUGGUUUUGUUAUGCUCCUUCUAAGCUGGUUAAAAUAGAUCCUGUGAGGAAAAAAAUUAAAAAUGUAAUGCCAACAUAUAUAAAAAAAAUAAAAGAAAAUAAAAUCAGAUCAUAUGUUAAUUACUACUUUUCAAAAAAAAAAAAAAGUUAAUGAAUGACCAAUUGACCUCUAGAACUUUUACAUAUUUGGUAGGCCAUAAAACCAUGCUUGUGCGAGCAUCACGAAGAUAAAAAAUUCCAGAUUGGUUUGCUUGAUACAAAGGGCAAUCCUUGUCGAUGACAUCAUUAAUCCAAACAUUCCAACAAUCUGGACCGACUGGAACAUAAUCAUCUGACAGUGCAUCGGGAUCUGUUGUUGCAAUCUCAGCCUUGGCAACAACUACGCCUGAUCCAUUAAAGUGUAAUAGCUCACACAUGUAACCUUGCAGAUUAGUUGGAAUAGGAUUUGGAGUAGCAUUGGACUGAGAAGCAACACAAGCAUUUUGGGACUACAAUUCAACCAAAACAUAGAUUAAACAUAAUUAGUUCUUUAUAUUCAAAUGACAUAUUGACAGGGAAUUAUAUGUAUAUAAUUAUGUUUAACUUCACUAUAAAUUGUAAUACUAGUUAUAAGACUUACCAACAAAGCUUUGAUCUCAAUCAUUAUUUCAGCUUUGAUUUCAUUCCUCAUUUCAUCUUUCAUGUCAUUCAUCAUUUCUUCCAUUCUCUUCGCUUGGUCUUUCUGAUAACCAAUUGCUUGCAUUUUUGAAAUUGUAGCUCCAAAACCGAGGCCUCUAACCCGUCCUCAACGUUCGGCACCAAAUACGUGAGUGACUUCAUCAUCUUGAAGAGAGCUUGUGCCUUCAGGUUGGGUUUGGGUGUAAUCUCUCAUUUUGGGGAGAUUCACUCAAAUAUUCCCCAUGAAAGUACCAAGUCGUGUAUGUUGGAUCCAUUCCAUGUUCCACUACAUGACCAUAUACUGUGUCAAAGUGUUGGUGUACUGAAUUUCGACAUUCAUUACAAGGGCAUAGAAUCUUGUCUGGAUGCCCCGCAUUCUCUUGAGCCCAAUCGGCACACCUUCGUGCUCCUUCUAUAUACUUUGGAUCAACUCUAUAAAAUUAAAACUUUAACUUUUAAUUAACUAUAAAAUUAGUGUAAAAGAUUUAACUUUUAUAAACACAUUCCACUACAUAUAAUAACCUGUAAGAGAUGUGCAUCUAUUCUUUAUCCAUCACUAUUUUCCUAAUUAUUCAAUGGGAACCUGUCACAAAAAGUAAAUUAUGAAAUAUAUGAUUAUUCCAUGGUGUGUGUGUGUGUGUGUGUGUGUGUGUGUGUGUGUAUAUAUAUAUAUAUAUAUAUAUAUAUAUAUAUGAACAAUAAACACAAUUUGUAAAGUUGCUAAUUCCAUCAAUCAUGUUUAAGCUAAAUGGGUUUCAUAAGCAAUUUGUAAUAUUUUUAGUUUAUUGGAAACUUCAAAUUUCUCUGUUAAGAAAAAAACAUAGAGAUGGGAGCAGAUUAUUAGUCAAUUCAAUCUGCCUCGCUAGUUCAGCUUGCUAGUAAAUUUAGGGAUUAAUUUUUUAAGUUCAUGGAUAUGAGGAUUUCUAAUUCAAGAACCAUACUCCUAAAACUAUUUAGGCAUUUGAUGAAUAAAGAAAACCAUGGUAAAUGUAGCAACAAGAUUAUGAGCUCAGUUUUUGUAUUUGUAAUUUGUUUUGGCAUAAUUGAUCUAAUAAUGAAAAUCUCUGCUUGCAUCUCAAAAAAAAAAAAAAAAAUUUGCAAAGGAAGAAAGAGAUAAAGAAAAAAAAAUAAUAGAAAACUGCAUACAUCUAGUUCAGUAAAUGGACAUUAUGUUAAGAUUAUGAGAAAUUACAUUAUGGUAAUGAGUAAAUACAGGAGGAUGAAUGCAUAUAGACGCAACACCCAAAUUGAAUAGAUAAAAAUAUGAAAUUAAAAGAACUUACCAGCAUAAAAUCUUUGACUCAGAUACUUAACGGUGUUCGCAGCAUGUUCUUCCUCUAUAAACUGAAAAUAAACAUUACCUAUUUUUCAUUAAAGCAAAAGUGAUAUUAUACGACAAAUCAAACAAAAAGCACAAGAAAUUUUGAACACCACCAAGCAAGCUGGGAGUGGGUACAUAAAAGGGAGGUUUAGGGCUGAUGUAUUAUUCUUCAAAAUGUCACAUGAGGUCUAUAAUUAUAGGUAAAAGUGGCAAGAAAUCACACAUUUUUUACUGUUUUGUUGUGAUUAAAAGUUGAACAACUUUUCAAAUUGUAAAAAGAAAUUCAAUAUUAUUGUGAUUAAAAGUUUAACAACUAUAGCAAGAAAUUCAAAUUAUAAAAAAAAAAAAUUCAUAUGAAACAAAAACACUACAUAGUAGAAGCUAAUACAGAAACAUUCCCGUCAAAAUAAAUAAAUAAAUAAAUAAAUUACAGAACAUUCAAAACAAAAAAGGGUGGUUCUAUUGGUGGUUCUAUUUAUUUUCCUGCAAUUGUAACUAAUUAAAUAGCAUACCAUCAAUCCAUAUCAAUUUAUAUAUAUAUAUAUAUAUAGAUCAAAUAGUAUGUGUGUUUGCCAAUCUCAAGCUUGGUAAAGGAAAUUGGAGAUGUACACAUCACUAUGUGCGAUUUCACCCCACUAGGGGCGAUUUGUGAGGCGAUCUGUGUUUUGGUUGUUUGGAAUGAAAUCUUUUCUGGAUAUUGCAAGGUUACCAAGAAUUUCGCUUGGGGGAGAUGUGAAGUCGGCGGUUCCUCAUCGCGGUCCGUCGUUGUAUAUCGACGGGGAAUCCGUCAGAGGAAGGAUAUCUGUUCUCUCCUCUUGUUUGGUCGGAAAAUUUGACAAGGAAGUGGGGAGUUGUGAUCGCGUGAAAGAAUGGGCAGCGAGGGCUUGGAAUACGACUUGUGGAGUGGGGGUUUCACCGUUAUCCGAUUCAAUGCUUCUUUUCCGGUUUCCUUCUCAGGCAGAGGCCAA